CGUUACAUAACGCUCUCGAUUUCGCCUCCCCGGCCUCCGUUCAGCUAUAUAACCCACACCCACAUCCUCGCUGCGCAUCGCAUGUCUGACAGCCACUACAAACCUCUACCUACUCACGACCCGGAGAGCUCUGAGGUCCCGCAGAAGCCCCUGUCUCGCAAACACCGCGUACUCAGGAACUUCACCACCCUUCUCCGCGUAUUCGUCGUCAUGGUCGUCGCAUUCGCAGGAGUACGCAUGCUCAGCCGCGCGGGCAUGAGCCUUCGUGGAUGCCACCGCAAGGGCUUCCAAAGUGUGCGUAACGUCUCGAGCCUGCCGGAGUACUACACGCUGCUAAGCGGGGACAAGAUUCCGUCAGUUGCUCUCGCGGAAGUUGGGCAGGCGAUCGAGCAGAGCGGCGUCUCACGCAAGGACCUCUGGCUCACCUCGAAGCUCUGGAACACCUUCCACGCGCCAGAGGACAUCGAGCCUGCGCUCGACGACUCGCUGCAGAAGCUCGGCACGGACUACCUCGACCUUUACCUCAUCCACUGGCCCGUCGCGUUCAAGAAGGAUACGACUGAAGUCGAUGAGGCGCUCACUGCGGAUCCGUACCCGACUUGGCAGAAACUCGAGGAGCUGGUCGAGAAGGGCAAAGUCCGCAACAUAGGCAUUAGCAACUUCAACAUUCCGCGAGUGAAGAACCUGACGGCGAACAACCUCAAGAUCCAGCCCGCCGUGAACCAGGUGGAGCUGAACUUCUGGAACCCGCAGCCAGAGCUGUUGAAAUGGUCGAAGGAUAACGGAGUCUUGCUCGAGGCAUACAGCCCGCUCGGGAGCAACAAGCAGGUGAAGGAGACGCUGAGCCAGCCGGAGGUGAAGAAGAUUGCGGAGACCCUCGGCAUCACACCCGCGCAGGCGAUCAUCAGCUGGCACGUCCAGCGCGGGACGAUCGUGCUGCCGAAGAGCGUGACGCCCUCUCGCGUCGAGGAGAACUUCAAGGUCUUCCCGCUGCCGGAUGACCUGUUCGAUAAGCUCGAGGCUGCCGCGGCCGCACAUCCACCUCAGCGCGUCGUCAAUCCGAGCAAGGGCUGGCGCCUCGGAUACGACGUCUUUGACGAUUACCCCAACUGAAUAGGCAUUUCCGAUGAGCGGCUGCCGCGAGGUGUAUACCGAUCGAACUCGGAUGUGUGUUUGUAAGCUGUCAUUGAAGCCUCUGGCAUGUAAUCGGAUCACUUUGGCGGGAAGGCCUGCAAUGCGCGACUUUCCAAGGCUGCGAGCGUAUUGGUAACGACAUGGUCUUAAAAUCGCCUCGACAGUCCCUUUUCAGAUUACGGGAGUUGACGUCGGGAGCACUCACUGUAAACGCGUCGACGCGUUUGUGGCGUGUAUUCUGACCAUGCGUCUACGAACGAGACGGC